AUGGCUAAUAUGCGUCUCUUCUUGUGGGCCUUGCUUGUCUACAGCGCCGUCGCCAACGUCGAGAAAACAAUUUUUGUCGCUCCUGCCGCUGAGCCUCCUCCCAAAGAUGCAAGCAUAGACAGUCUACUUCUGACUCGUCUCUCCGAGCAACAUCCUUUUGUCAGGACCUUCCUCAAUGCCAGCUUUCCUACAGCAGAUUCUCCUAAAGGGGUUGAGGCUUGGUUGCUCCUCGAAGGGAUUCGCCCGCGGAGGCGUUACGAGGUUCGAAUCUGCUGGCUAGCAACGCAACCCACAUCAUUUUGGCUGUAUACCCAGACUGUGGACAGGGUCUUUGAGACUCCAGAACUUCUCACAUCAUUGUCUGCAUAUUCGUAUGCGCGCCGUGGACAACUCGGCGCUCAGGAUCAGAAGUCGCUUCAGCUUCGCAAAGCAGAUCCCGUUGCCACGGACUCAACUUUCCUUUUUCUUCAGAUCUUUGCAGCCGCAGACUAUUUCAGCCUCAACGAGACUUUGAUGGCGAUGGUGCCACCGGUCGCCGUCGAUGUCAUCCUUGACCCAUAUAUCUUCAACGUCUUCCCGAAAUCGUUGCUACCAACCGGGCUUUAUCUUCUGCUGAUCGCAACAGGGGCAUGGUUCCUGUCCGGUUGGAUUUCGCACCUAUUGGCCGUAACCUCUGUCGGGGGACCAGGGGAGGAGACGAAGAAGGCCAAGUAG